AUGGUGCUCUACUUCACAUCCACGGCGGUCGAGCCACCAGCGACCAUCUAUGUGGGCAAGGACAAGUUCGAAAACGAAGAACUCCUCAGGUAUGGCCUUGAACGCGAUGUGUGGUUCCACGUCGACAAGCUCUCUUCCGCGCACGUAUACCUGCGCCUCCCACCCAAUAUCGAGUCCUGGGAGACAAUACCAGAGGCCCUUGUCAACGACUGCUCCCAGCUAGUCAAAGCCAACUCCAUCGAGGGCAACAAGAAAGCCAACAUCACCAUCAUCUACACGCCCUGGUCCAACAUCAAGAAGACGGGCGACAUGGCCGUCGGUGCCGUUACCUUCUUCAACGACCGCAAGGUCAAGCGCUUCCACAUCAAGGAGAAGGACAAUGCUAUCGUCAACCGCCUCAACAAGACCAAGAAGGAGGUGCAGGUCGACCACGAGGCUGAGCGUCAAGAGCGUCUGCGCGACGAAGGCCGUGUCAAGAAGGCGAAAGCCAUCGAGGAUAAAAAGGCACAGCAGGCCGAACAAAAGCGCCGCAAGGAGGAAGCAGAAGCGCGCGAUUACUCGAAGCUAUACUCCGCCGAGGCCAUGGAAGAGGAGAGACGACGUAAGGAAGAACGCAGGCUCGCCAAACUCGACGGCAAUGCAUCCGGCAGCGGCGACGACCACCAAGACGAUGGCAUGGACAGCGACGACUCGUUCAUGUAA